AUACAAUUAAAAGAAGACAAGAUAAUAUGGUAAGUUUUGAUAAUAAGAGACACGAAAUAUAUGGUUUAAUUUGUAAUUGGAUGUGUCAAUUUAAUUUUUAUAAAUCUUUUCGGAAGCAGCAAACUUUGGUAUAAUUGCAAAAUUCAUGAUUAUGUGUUCAAGUAUUGAUUUUUAAAUUGUUUUAAAUGUCGAUAUAAAAAUAAUUUAUCAUUUGAGAUGGUAAUAUAUUUAGCACCAGCUUUGGUAAAUUAUGUUCAUAAUUUUACAUUGGCAAGAAUUGAAUUCAAAUAAGGUAGCAUUUAAUAUGUGUUAAACAUAUUCAAACACAUAUAAUUUGCUCAGUUUAACAACAAAUCAAUAACAUGCAACUGGGUUCUCAAGUCUUAUUUAAAUAUUUGAUAUAGUGUAAAUGAACUGCGCAGCACUUAUCUCCAAGUUGUACUCCCUUCCCCCCCCCCCCCCCCUCCCCCCCCCCCCCCCAUUUUAAAUUCAAUGUAUUUAAACACAUUUAUACGUAUUGAUUUCCAGGAUAUUGAAAUAGAGGUCCAGGAAGGAGAACACUUACAUAACCAAGAACAUAAUGCUUUAGAAGUUGCCGUUGUGGUGCCAAAUAAUGAAAAUGUAGGAAAAGAAUACAAUGAUGAUGGAGAAAUUAUGCAACGGCCUGAAAAGACGAUUGACGUGGACAGUCCUGCUUCAUUUGUUGAGCCUCUGACAUUAGUUGAGAGAGGAUACACAAACGUGCCUACUAUUGAUAUGCGUACCAUAAAAGAUAAAGAAAUUGAUCGAAAUUGUGAAGAUGCUUCAACUAAAAACAUACAUAAAAGGAGAGAAACCGCUCAAUCAAGCCGCUUUAAUAGCAAUCCUCCACCAAAAAGUGACAGCGCCCCACAUUUGGUAAUGUUAUCAGAAGCAGGGGAUGUACAUCGAGUUCAAAAACUGCUUUCAGAUGGUGCUGAUAUUGAUGAAAAGAAUAAUAAUGGCUGCACUGCUUUGAUGGCUGCAGUUAAAAUAGGAAGCAUUGAAAUAGUUACAAUUCUGCUUGAUAAAGGAGCUGAUGUCAAUUUAAAUGCCGAAAACGGAUAUACUGCAUUGAUGUAUGCAUCUUAUUAUUAUUUUGGCAGUACCAGAAUUGCACAACUUUUAAUUGAUGGAGGUGCAGAUGUAAAUAGUACAGAAGUUAAUGGGUGGACAUCAUUGAUGAUUGCUUCACAGAAAGGUCAUUUAGAUUUUGUGAAACUGCUCAUUGACAAAAAAGCAGCAAUUAAUGAGACAAAUUGUAAAGGAGACACGGCUCUUAUGUUUUCUGCAUCAAAUGGACAUUUAGAUAUUGCUCAAAGACUUAUUUACAACGGAGCUCUAAUAAAUGUGAAAAAUAAGGUUGGGGAUACUGCGCUAAAGUUUGCUGCUGAAAAAGGACACAAAAAACUGGUUCAACUUUUUCUCAAAGAAAAAAUUGAUGUUGAUGAGGUUUCAACAGCUAAAGAAAUAGCUCUUCAAAACAAUCAUACAGCUGUAUAUGAUCUUAUCGAAAAUUUCAUUUGUCCUGAAGUAAGAAAUAGAAUUACCGCAAGGUUAUAGAUCUUUGUGAUUAUUAAAAAAAAUAUUGCUUAUUGUAAAAAUUGAAAGGGAACAUUAAGAAAUGGCGCCAGUGGGCCGUCGAGGUAAUGCUCAUUAUGCCCUCCCCAAAGCAACCGCCCCCCUUAAGUUCGUCAUCCGGCCGCUAAGCAGCACGUUGGAGAUAUCCCUUUGCCGGUCGAUUGGGUUCCGCUGGGGGCUGCCCCAAUCAAGGACGCCCUGGUCGGUCUAAGACUGAGUUUGUACAAAGGGCACACGAUCGACGUUCUUAGAAUUCGGGAUAGUAAAAUGUUCGCCCUAAUAUCUUUCCUCAACCAUCCCGAGGAAGCGUCGGACUCUCUUUAAGAGGGUUUCUACAGUAGGUUUCCACCACCCAAUUAGUUUGCGAAGUAGCUGGAACGUCACGGUUGACUUGGAGAAGCUUCUCGGGGCUGCAUAGUAUGAAUCAUCUGUAGAGGUUACCACCUUCGCCUCUAGAAUCAUAUCCAUUAACGGUAACUUGUCAUCAUGGUCCCUAGCCCAGAGCUGUUUACUGGUACGAUUUUGGCGUACAAUGUACGAUUUUUAAGGUGUGUACAUGUUUAUACUGUAGGUUUAUUAUAUUACAUUAAGAUAAUGUUUUAAACGACUUUGUGAUGAUAUUGUACGAUUUGAAGAGUUUGAGGGUAAACAGGUCUGCUAACCUGUCUCUGCCUUUACUUCCAACUGUUAAACGUCACUGUCGGCAGCCCUGUAGGAGUCGUUUUAUUCCUGCAGGCACACUGCAUGUCCAUUCUCUGCCCACGCGGGACACGCAAUGGUGGUCUUGUUCCCCGGGUAACGUCGAGGGGGUCAGUGGCUUACCCCUCCUAAUCGGAAGGCCCCAACAGACUUGUCAACCUUAGCCCAGGGUGAAUCGAAAACAAUAAUUUGUUUGAAUUAGUGGUGAAAUUGGAAAUCAAGCGGCAAUAAUUGCUUCCUUACGAGUCUUUGAUGCAAUUAUUUCCCAAGCAAGUGCAAUGUGUUCUAUUCCCUCACCCUAAUAAGGCCACAUUAAUUACUGAGAGAUUGACAACUUCAAUUUUAUGUUCGUUUGUAUUUUUUUUAAAUAGUUCUUUAUUAUUUAAAGGUUGUUUUUUUUUUAAUUCUUUAAAUUAUUUUUGUCAUUUACCUUUCGGUAGAAUAGACGAAAUUUAACAAUCAUUUUAUCUGAACUGGUCUGAACCGGCUACAAAUUACCUUUGGUUGAAUUAUUUUUUCUUAUGAAUACAUUGAUUAUUGAUUAUUUUUUCUUAUGAAUACAUUGAUGUAAACAUUGAUGUAUACGGUACAUUUUAAAAUUAUUUAAUUGUUUUAAAUACAAUUGUCCGAAGUUUUAGAAUUACAUUCUUUAGUAAUAUCUGUAUUUUAGCAAUGUAUCUACGCAAAGGACAAUCCCAGAAAAAAAAAAUUGUGAUAUAUUUAUCUUGAAACGAAAAAGACCAGACGUCAAUAGAUUAUAAACUUUUAAUUUAAAGCCCUUGGUGAAACUAUGGUAUAAGAUAUUAUUAAUAGUGUUAAGAGACUUCACAAUAACUAUCAUGCUGAAUUUGAUAACCACUACAGGGUAGGUGAAGUAUUUAAAUAAAAAUAAAUCUAUACUUUUGUUUUAGAAUUCGAACAUAUAUUUUCUAAUUGAACAUAUUUUGUAUAUGAUAAAAAUAUAUAUAACGU